AUGAUGGGCGACGUCAAUGACCGCCCGCCGGUAAAACGGCGAAGGUCCAGGUCCAGCAGCGUGCAGCGGAUGCUCGACUUGGAGAAGAAGAUCCGGUCCCAGGCACUCUUCUACCAACCUGCCCUCCCAGCCGUGGGUAAACCAUGGCAGGUCCGCCAGCGAGAUGAGCACCGCGUCACGGGCCGCGAGCCAGCCCGACCUCCUCCAAAUGGCUCCUACUCUUCCAGAGCUCGGGUAUCAACAGGUACAGCUGCCGCUAAUGCCAGUCGCAUGGCAAUAGCACUUGCAACCGCACCUCCCAAUCUUGAGUCUAGUCAUGACCCCGUCUCCUCCAACCCCCAGACCCCAACCUGGGAUCCCCAAGAAGGCGACAAGGACUGGAAAAAAGCCGCGGACAAGGCUGCCAAGGCCGCUAAGCGUGCCUCGGCGCAGAGACUCGUGAAGCCUCCUCCAUCUGCCUCAAGAACGCCGCACCUGAUGGCACGCCAACCUGCACCUGGACCGCCUACAACUGGCUACUCUAGCCAGAGCGAGCGCUCCAGUUCCUAUGGACCCCCGGACCACGCCUCGAUAGACCAGGGAUCGAGGCGGUCUCGCCGCCGAUCCGACUCCGUUAACUCGAUUACCUCGGUGUCCUCCAUUGCCUCCAAGAUCAAGGCGUCUUUUGACCGACCCAGGGGAGGAGCACUACCCCGCGUGGGGAGCCCGGGAUCCCGUAACGCGUCCCGUAACGCCUCGCGACUUUCCAUUGACACCAUGAGCCUCAAUGGCGGCCCAGGGCCCCGGCCGCGGACUAGUGAGGGGCUCUUGAAUGCUAGGCCUCGCACAGGCGAUAGCCUUGGAGGCGCGGGAUUAAGCGAUAUGGCUGCCCUAAGUGCCGUCCUAAAGAGCAUCGACCUCGCAGAGGACAUCGAAGAAGUGGGAAAAACGCCCGAGAAAGUCGAGGUGGUCCCAAAGCAGCCCCUAGAAAAACCAAUGUCUGAUACGAAGCGACGAAGCACCCUUCCGGCCGAAAACGGCACUCCGUUCCGAGACGCUGCAAAGGCCGCGUUCCAUAUACGCUCCCCUUCUGCCGCGCGGGGCAGGAGCGCCAGCGUGGCCUCUGGUCAGCUUUCACCCAUUGGCCCAAUCGCCGCCAGCGGCCAAACGAGCCCCUUCCCCGGACUCUCUGGAGUAACAACACCAGUCCCUGCUGAGACGCCCGCGGCAACCGAGCCGUCCGACCCAUGGUCGUCCGCUAAGGCGGAUACAGCUGACGCUCGAAGUCGUCCUCCACUCGCACACCAGAACAACACGACCCGGGGCGCCGACCGCUCUUCCGCGUCGGUCUCCUCGUACGACACCGCGCACUCCCAUCAUCUGUCGACGGUAACCCCGAACACCUCGCGUCCCGAGUCUGAGAGGGGGAUCGUAGCCCCGCUAGUCGCAGAUGACGGCCGAAAGUUCCUACUCGGCCGCGAUAGGUCCGGCUCACCCGCGAUCACUCGGCCCUUGGCGGCGGUCGGGGCUAGGAAUGCACCCACACCACCACCGGGACCAAUGAACGGCCGUCGAAUUGUUCGAGUGAGCAGCGGAGGUGAUAUAUUAGCCAAUGGGACAGCGAGUCUACGCCCAAAGGCCGAAUCUACUACCUGGCCACUAAAGCCAGAAUCGUCGAAUCAAGAAAUCGACGCCGAGUGGACGCAGGUUUCGGCCCCUCUCAAACAACAAAGCAACCACACCGCCUUUGAACUCGCCCUAUUUCGAAGCAGCAAGGAGGCCGGUGGUUAA